UGUGUUCACCUGCAGCAGGUAGAGCUCCGUGUGACCUGCUGCUCGUCAGUCGCUGUGUUUCCUGCAGCAGGUCGAAGAUAAAUCAGCUGAUCGAUCCUCACCGGAAGUGUCCGAAUCCGUUUUCCCUCCGAUAUUUCGCACCUUUCUUUUUCUUUUCUUUUUUACACAAACACCUUCACUUCCUGCUGAUGAGCUCAUCGACCGGCGGGCGACGCUGACGUAAUGUCAGGAUGCCUGGAGUCAGAUCGUCAUGGCGACGUCAUCCCCACCGCCGAACGAGGCGACAAUUCGCCUGCGGAAGAAGAGUGGGAUGCGGAGUCGAGUGGGCGGAGUCGAGACGGAGAUGUGGGGGCGUCCGGAUGGCUGGAGAGGAAGUGGAUCCUCUGGCACGAGUUCAUGAAGGAGCACGCCCACCUGGACGCUUGGCUGCGAUUGGCCGAACAGGCCGUCAGUAACCCAAACCCCGCCCAUGUCACUUACACUGCCGCCAAGGAAGAACUGAGCACGUUUGAGAGGCUGAGGUGUGAGGCAGGAUCUCGACUCGUCCAGUUGGACAGUCUGACCUGCAGGAAUCGAACGCUGACCUGGCUGUUCCUCGGCGCCAUGCGGGCUCGGCUGCUGGCGGCGGCGAGGGAGUGUGGGCGGCGCUGGGACGACGUAAGCGUCAGACUGGAAUACGUCACGGAGCGUUUGAAGCUCUUUGUCUCAGAGUGGGAGGAGUUUGAGGCAGAGAGGGAGGAGCUUGCUCUGUGGUUGGCCGACCUGGACGUCCGUCUGACCGAGGUGGAUCACCUGAACGGAAACACCUGUGAGAAGCUGAGACGCCUGCAGUCCUUCCAGCAGUGUGUGUGUGAGAACUCGUGCCGUGUGAACGCCCUCCUGCAGCGCGGCGAGGCGUUGGUCCAACGCAGCGAGGCGACCGACGCUCAGCGUGUCGAGAGACGCCUGCUGGAGCUGCUGCGUCACUGCAGCCACGUGUACAACAACAUCGCACGGACGCACACGCGGCUGCUCAGCAUGAGACUGGUCUUUGAGGACGACUGGAUCCUGUCUCCGGCCACAGACUCCGGUUGUCCUUCAGAGUCUCUCCUGGAGGACGAGGGAGCGCUUGAUAAACCCCACCCGGACCUCCCUGUGGUGUCGGACCAUCUCCAAGAUUUCAGCCAAUCAGCUCACCCCACCUUGGCGUUCCCCUCGCGCCUGCCCUCACCCGUUCACCACCGCCCUCCUCCUCCUCCUCCUCGCUCUUCGUCCUCUCCUACUCAUGAGCACCUGGGGCUGGAGUGGGACCCCUCAGUCGAUAUCGGACGCUCUGUUUCCCAUGACGACGGUGACUCGUCGUAUUUCAGCGUCGGCACAGGACUGUGUCACAGAGACAGUCUGAAGAGGCGGAGCUUCCUCAGUUCCCUCAGCUGUCAGUCUGACAUCACAGAACAGGAAGCAGAAAACUCGCAUCUGGGAUGGCUGGACCACACCCACCUGGAGGCGGAGCCCCAGUGGGCGACCUCCACCCCCGACAGACAGGACGGCGAACCAGUCGGCUUCGACGGCAGGCGGGUGAGGGCGUGGCUGGGAGUCCAGAGCCCCGCCCCUCCGGAGAGGAGGACUUCCUGUUCCAAAGCUGUGCAGACCGACGGGGAGGCCGGAGGAGAACCGACCCGUUGUGAAGAGGCCGAGCAGCGUUUCUCCGAACAAAGUGAAACCCCCUCCUCCUCCUCCUCCUCCUCCCCAUCCCUCCUCUACCUCGUCCUGGCUGCAGCUCUGGCCCUGCUGGCCUGUCUGAUCUGGGUCGUCCAGGAGUCGCCGUGCCGCCGUGGCAGCGUGUUGCCGCGCAGCUUCCACCUGAUGCUGAGAUACGUCAACGGGCCCCCGCCCACCUGAACAGCACCCAGAGACGCUGGUGAACGAAGCACUUUCCCCCCUCAGGUUCUUCAGGACAGAGGUUUGCGCCUUAUUGAGUCGUGUCGGAAAAAUUGACCGUUCAUUUCAAUUAUCGUGCACGAAAGUGGAAACACACAUUGUGGCAGCAGCACUUCAAAAUACGUGACGCCAACAGAUGAUGUUCACGAAUCAUAUUAAUAUAUAACAAUAAAUUAAUGACGAAGAGUCUGGUGGUUCAGAAUUUAUACUUUUAAACUGCUAUCUAUGCUAAUGUAGCUAAAGCUAAUGUAAAACUCGUUUGUUGUUUGACUGCCAUUCCCGACAAACUUAUGAAAGUAUGUGGAACAUAAACUGCCUUGUCACACCGUGGCGGCACUUGAGUAUUUAUAUUUCAUUAACGCUUUUUGUAACAAGUCGUGUAUUCGCAAUGCAAAAUGACUUACGGGGAAAUCUUCAUAUGGAAUGUGUCUGUUUAUAAAAGAAAAUCACUGCUCUGCUUUUCCGAAGCACAUCCGUGUUUUACAUUCCACUUUUUAUGAAACCUCAGAGUCAGAAAUCCCCAGCUCCGAGGUCCGAGGUGCAACGGAGGGCGCGGACAGGAAGUUCAUGUUCACAUGUGCAGGAAGUUCAGUGUGUUGGAGCAGGUACCAGAAUAAAUGGACUUCACGAAGUGUGUGUGCGCGUUUGGAAAAAGGUCACUAGGGAAUACGAGGCUCAUCAGAUUCAUGAAACACGGAACAAACUGAAGGGAAGUGUGAAACGACUUCCGAUGAUCUCUUAUUGCGGAACUCUGUGUAGUUUGUAGUCGCUGCCUGUUUUAUUAUUUUGUGUCGGGAUGCACCGAUCUGUCAUCUGACACUGACGCCAUCAGACUUCGUUCGAUGCCGUUCUGUUAUUCUACGUUUACAUCAACACGCGUGAUGAAUCACGAGCAGCCUGAUCCAACCGGAGCAGAACAGACCAGCCUUCGUUUUCAUCUCCAUGUCCGACGGAGCCUUGUUUUUAUUUCAGCUUCGCGUCGUCGUGUAGCAGGAGCCGCCCACCAUCCGGUGCAACGCUUCACAUCUCUGUGUCAAUGAUGAACUCCGUGAAACGUUGGUUCGGUGAAUCUCAAACUUUCUGUUACAAUUGUGAGACACGAGUGAGUUCCGACCAACAUUUAACAUUGAAGAGUCUUGAAAAUGUAUUUUUAUCAUCGUGUGACUUGAUAAAACCAAAAUGUCCGACUUUCUCAGGGAAAGAUGAUGAUGAUGAAGAUGAUGAAGAUGAUGAAGAUGUUUAUUUCAGGCUUAAGGAGUUUUGACAAAAUAAUUGAAAAGGAAACCGGUACGUCAGCUGCCAUUUCACAUUUUCUUGAUCAUUAAUAUUUCAUAAACAGAUGUUUGUGCCCUUUUUUUUAUACAUGUUUGAAGAUAUAAAUAAAAUGAAUUAUAUGA